AUGUAUAAUUGUUGGGAAAAUUAUGAUAAGAAUAUUGAAGAUAUAAGAGAUAAUGAAAUUAAACAAGCAAUCACACAAUUUCGAAAUGCUGAUAAGAAACUUCAAGAGAUUUCUGAUUUAAAUAUUCAAUCAACUGUACAACAUUCGGAGGCAUACUUUACAAGCAGAUUAAUUAACUUAACUGGAUUAAAUAAUAGUAUUGCUGGAUAUAAAGAGAAUGAAGAAAAUAAAACUUUUUAUGAAUGGACGUAG